GGAAUGCUGCUGUUGCUAGGGUUGUCAGUGUUUUUUUGCGGUGUCAGAUGUGAGCAUCUGGGUUUUAGAGGGGAGCAGAAGUUCAGUGAAGAACCCGACGCUGAAGGGGCUGUUUGAGGAAACGGCUGCUGGGAGUGAAAAAUUUCGGUGGUUCCCUUCUGCGGAUCUGGGUGUUUCUUUGCCGGUCACUUUGCUGGCAGCAGCUCAGGGGUGCCAAGGGCCCGCGGUGGUGUUGUGGGGUCUGCAAUCACAGCCUGUCCCAAAAUGGGUAAUGCCUGGAAUUCCCCUGCUAAACCCAGGCCAAAAGGGCUCUGCGGUGGGUCAGCGAGAGGCCGGAGUGGCAGCAGUGCGGCUGAGCCCCAACCAACUCAUCCUGUGGAGGGCUGCGUGAAAGAGGCCGAAUCCAAAAGUUCCAUUGCUUUAAUUUGCUUAUCUGCUACGAACACUUCCCCUUCUGCUGCACGAACCCACAGCGCACUCAGAGCCACCCCCACAGCAUCACGGCAGCUCCUGACACACCGCAGCACUGCCCGGCUCCCGCAGGAUCGCAGAGAUGCCCACCCUGCUGCUCACUGCUCUCGUCCUCUGCCUCGCUGAGCCUGUCCUGCCCAACCAAGACACCGAAUACAUCCAGAGCUGCAUGCAUAACCUGUCAGAGGGGCUGAAACAGGGCAGCUCCCGGCACAACUGGGCCAGCAGGUUAACAGAGCUGGAGCGGGCGCUGGCCCACAGCACGCUUGGCAAAGAGGAAUACAGCUUCAAAACCAACAUCCUAGAGGCCUUUGUGUUCAAUAUCACGGCUGGCAGCUUCCGAGGGCUCAACGUUAGCAGCAACGUGCCAGUGCAGAGCAAAGGGCGGGCAUCAGCAUGGCUCAGGGGCAGCAUCAACUUCCCAGUGGAACUGAUGGAGGGCAUGGGGGCACAGGAGGAGCAGAAGCUCAUCUGUAUCCACAUCCACAGUGCCAGCCUGUUCCUGGAUGAGCACAACAGCUCUGUGCUGAACGACCACAUCCUGGGGGCCUUCCUGCACAACAGGCGGGUGGGCCGGCUGCGGCGCCCCGUGGAGAUCCGCUUUGGGCACAACGAGCAGCUGGACAGCUCCAAUGCUACCUGUGUCUUCUGGCAGCCCGCAGGCACAGGCAGUGCUGGCACAUGGAGCAGGGAGGGCUGCGAGACACAGCACCAGAAGGGCACCGUGCGCUGCCUCUGCAACCACCUCACCUAUUUUGCUGUGCUGCUGAUCCAGGCACACAACCUGAGCGAGUCCGAGCUGCAAUCUCUCACCUACAUCAGCACCGUGGGCUGCUCCAUUUCGGCCGCCGCUGCCUUCUGCACUCUGCUGCUCUGCUGUGUCUUCAGAUGCCGGCCGCGGGACGACACGACCAGGAUCCACAUGAACCUGCUGGCUGCACUGUUCCUGCUCAAUACCAGCUUCUUGCUGAGCGAGCCACUGGCUGCGGGCACCAUGGAGGGCUGCCAGGCUGUGGCCGCCCUGCUGCAUGGCAGCCUCCUCUGUGCCCUGGGGUGGAUGUGGGCUGAGGGCUUCCACCUCUACCUCCUCCUCAUCAAGGUCUACAACAUCUACGUGCGGCACUACCUCCUCAAGCUCUGCCUCUGCACCUGGGGUCUGCCCACGCUGGCCGUGGUGGCUGUUCUCAUCUUCAAGAGAGAAAUCUAUGGGCACCACAUCAUCAGCACUGCUGACGGUUACAAGAACGUGACCAUGUGCUGGCUCACCAGCCCGCCCGCCCACUACAUGACCCUGUGCUAUGCUGGCCUCAUCCUGCUGUUCAACGUGCUGGUGCUGGUGGCCGUGGUGGUGGUGCUGUGGAAGACACGGCAGCAGCAGCAGAGGGCGAGGAGGGACUGGGUGACGGUGCUGGGGCUCACCUGCCUGCUGGGCACCACCUGGGGCACGGCCUUCUGUGCCUUUGGCGUGCUCCUUGUGCCCCAGCUCUACCUCUUCACUGUCCUCAACUCCCUGCAAGGUGUGUUCCUCUGCCUUUGGUACCUCAGCACGCAUCGCAGCAAGCGCAGCACAUCCGACUGCAGUGCCUCCAGAUAGCGGGGCUGCGGGAUUGGCCUCGGUAUUUAGCGUUAAUUAAAGUGGCGUCCGGUGAUGGAGGCGGCGAGGAGCCGCCAGAGGGCACCAGGGCAAUGGGCUGGAGUGUGGUCCAUGGGAAACGGGUUUUCCUCCCAUACAAAAGCAAACGCGGAACAGAGCUCCGUGGUACGAACAAGACUUUUGAUGGAAUCAUAGCCGCUAUAGGAUCGCCGAAUCCAACCGCUGCCCCAUCCCCUAACCCCGUCCCUAAAUAGAAUCGCAGAAUCAUGAAGGGUGGAGGAGACCUCUAAGUCCGGCGCCACCCCAUCACCCAUAGGGGGGUUCCAGCAGCCCAGCCUGCAGCAGGCACACAGCGAGGAGAAACUGUGGGGGCAGGAAACGUGGCUGCAGAUGGUGAUGGCAAAGCGGCAGCCCAAACUGGCCCCACUUUGCCUCUCUGCACCCAGGACUUUGGAGCCAGGUUGUGGGGACAGGUAUCACAUUGCAGGGUCCUCCCCAUGCAGGGCACGGUGGCACAGCUCCAGCUCUUCCCAUACCACUCCUCUGAGUGUUUUUCCCUUUCUGGCUGCUUUGUGGGACCUAUUUCUGGGAACAGAGCAAAGGAAGCCGCUCGCCCUUGUGCUUUGUUCUGCGCACAAAGGAAAUUCGCUGCUGAGUUUCCACCCGUCCCGCUCACAUCGAGGACAAAAGCCGUCCUGCUGCAGCUCCGCGGCGAUGAGCUGGGCAUGGCUCAGCACUUUGUCAUCAUUUGGGACUUGACAAAGCUUGGUGGGACGCCAAGAGCUGGCAGGCAGCAAGCAAACCCCAUGGUGAGCAUCACCUUCCUGGCCCCGCACCCCAGGCAUGAAUCAUGACCGUGCCAGUAGCUGCAUCUGCACCAACACCGGUGCGUUCCUACGCCUGUUCCUGUAUCCAGCAGUGCCUGGAAAACCCUCAUCAUACCCUCAUCAUACUCUCACCAUAUCCCACCAUGUCCUGGGGCUGCAGGGCCAUGGUGCAGUGUGGCACACCCUGAAGUGCCUGGAACUCAGAGGACACCCAGCCAUCCCCAUGCUGUGCUGGAUGGCGAUGAGAACUGAAGCCCAGCCCGUCUCACCUCCUCAAGGAGAGCCAGCCCUAUUUAUCUUUCCCACAGCCUUAUCGGGUGUAUUUUCUCAGCACGCAAGCAUUCAGCUCCCAGGUUGUGUUGGGAUCACCGGGCUGGGCAGUGGCUGGGAUGAGGAUGCAGGUUUGCAGCCCGGGGUGCACACAGGGGUUCUGCAGGGCUGGGACCUCAGACCUGCCCAGAGCUCAGCCCCAUGCAGCGCCUCUGGGCACCGGGUGGAAUCCACAGGGUCUCCAUCCACAGAGGUUCCCAAGACUCAAACUGCCCAGCUCGAGCUGUAAAUUCUUAUCAGGCCCAGGGAGUGCUGCUGGCUGGAGCCCAAGGGCAAAUUUCCCCCGCAGGGACAACUGUGAGGAUUUCCUCCCCCAGUGCUCCACGAGGAUCUCUGAAGGCAGCAGCAAGCCCUGCUGACUUCCACAUCAUCCGAUAACAUCAACAAGUGCAGACAUCAGCCCAAAAAUAACUCUACCGACCUCCUGAUAACACCCUGGUGUGGACAGAAGCCUUUUUGUUCAGGACAGCAGCAAGAGGACGGCCCGAGGUGUCACUUCCCUAUAGAAGCUGUGACCCCGGGUCGGGGGGUCAGCACAGGGGGCUGCAUCCUGCACCAGGGGA